GGUUUUAUUUAGCAGCUCUACUCCUGGUGGGCUGCUCAAUUUUAUUUCUCUAGUACAAUUCUUCAGCCAGCUCGCAAAUCCACAUUCAGGCGUCCGGCCAGUGUCUUGGAGGAGGCUUAGUAGACUGAGGAAUAUAGCCACACACACCCCACGCCCCUACUCCUGCCACACACAUGGCAUUGAGUCCUUCUAGCUUUCUUCAAGUGCCUGAGCAGACUUGGCAGAAGAUAACAAGAGAUAUGGAAAGCACUGACUAUUGUGGGCACUAAUCUUUUUUUUUUUUUUUCCAUGACAGGGUUUCUCUGUGUAGCCCUGGCUGUCCUGGAACUCGCUCUGUAGACCAGGCUGGCCUUGAACUCAGAGAUCCGCCUGCCUCUGCCUCCCGAGUGCUGGGAUUAACGAACAGUGUGUGCCACCACCACUCAGCAGUGGGCACUGAUCUUUAUGUUGCCCCUUCUCUGAGCUGCUAUUCUCAAAAAUUGGGGGAGGGUGGACUUUCAACUUUAAUUCCCAUAGAGGAAGGAAAGGAAAGGAUGGGGCUCCUUACUGGCCAGCCCCAGGCUUUGUGACCAAGGAAUCCUCCCCAAAGUGGGACAUGCUGGCUCUUAUCAGCCCCAGAAGUCUUUGGAACACCUGGCCAGGUGUACUGCGAGGCAAGUCGGUUGGAGAGCCCAGGUGUUGAUUGGCAUGUGGAUCUUUCCAGAGUUUGGAAGCAGCAAUGAACAAGAUUAUAGGUGCACAUUCCAGACACUGGGAGCAGGCACCCAGCAGAGAAUGAGCCCUCCGCCGAGAUCAGCCCCUCAGUCUGUGCUGAGGUUGAAUUUAGGACUUCACGUGUGCAGGGCGAGUGCUCUACCACUGAGCUAUUACUUCGUCCACCUUGAAUAUCUUAACUGGUCAGGCACCCUUAAGUCAAUGUUGAGGCAUAUUGACAGACAGUAGUGGCCAGAUGUUCGAGUCCAGACAGGUCUUUGUGUCCUUUCUAGACAGCCCCUCCUCAGGGUUCAGGGGCUUGUUUCAUGCUGAGCUCCCAGGAGGUCCCAGGGGUGUGACCUCUCUCCUCCUUCUUCCCCACCCCCCACCCAGGGCCAGCUAUAUAGCUGGUCUGCACCAGCCCUCAGUAGACUCAAGACCCUUUCAGGACACCUCAGGGAUACACACAUCCACAGCUCCUCCUCCUGGGCAGCACCAUGCGGUCCCUAGGGCUCUGCUGGGCACUCUGGGCACUGUCCCUGGUUGGCCCCGGGGCAGCUCUGACUGGAGAGCAGGUCCUGAGCAGCUUACUGCAGCAGCUGCAGCUUACUCAGCCGCCGGUCUUGGACAAGGCUGAUGUGGAGGGGCUGGCCAUCCCCUCCCACGUGAGGGCCCAGUAUGUGGCUCAGCUGCAACACAGCCACGCCAGCCGCUCCCGAGGGAAGAGGUUCAGCCAGAACUUUCGAGAGGUGGCAGGCAGGUUCCUGGUGUCCGAGACCUCCACGCACUUGCUGGUGUUCGGCAUGGAGCAGCGGCUGCCGCCUAACAGCGAGCUGGUGCAGGCCGUGCUGCGGCUGUUCCAGGAACCAGUCCCCAGAACUGCUCUCCGGAGGCAAAAGAGGCUGUCCCCUCACAGUGCCCGGGCUCGGGUCACCAUCGAGUGGCUACGCUUCCGCGAGGAUGGCUCCAACCGCACCGCCCUCAUCGACUCUAGGCUCGUGUCCGUCUACGAGAGCGGCUGGAAGGCCUUCGACGUGACCGAGGCCGUGAACUUCUGGCAGCAGCUGAGCCGGCCGAGGCAGCCACUGCUGCUGCAGGUGUCGGUGCAGAGGGAGCACCUGGGCCCGGGGACCUGGAGCGCACACAAGUUGGUCCGGUUUGCUGCGCAAGGGGCGCCGGGCAGCGAGGGCCAGGGCGAGCCACAGCUGGAGCUGCACACGCUGGACCUCAAGGACUACGGAGCUCAAGGCAAUUGUGACCCGGAGGUGCCUGUGACUGAAGGCACCCGAUGCUGUCGCCAAGAAAUGUAUCUGGACCUGCAGGGGAUGAAGUGGGCGGAGAACUGGAUCCUCGAACCCCCAGGGUUCCUGACUUACGAGUGUGUGGGCAGUUGCCUGCAGCUCCCAGAGUCCCUGACCAUCAAGUGGCCAUUUCUGGGGCCACGGCAGUGCAUUGCCUCAGAGAUGACUUCCCUGCCCAUGAUUGUCAGCAUUAAGGAGGGAGGCAGGACCAGGCCUCAGGUGGUCAGCCUGCCCAAUAUGAGGGUGCAGAAGUGUAGCUGUGCCUCUGAUGGAGCGCCCAUACCCAGGACGCUGGAGCCAUAGGCACAGGAAGUGGAGUCCCCAAGGAUGUGACUUCCAUGUAUAUCUGAAGUGUUCUAUUGUACCGGGAGAGAUGGGGAUUCUGAAUCCCUGAGGGGGCUAAUGCCUGUCUGUGCUCUUUGAUGAGCUCUGCUUUUGCCUCCUCUGGACCUGCCUCAUCCCCUAGCUUUUACCUUCAAGGAAUGUGACUCACUGGCCACUAGGGGGCCCUACCUAGUCAUCUCUGUUCUUCAUAUUGUUCACUGCACUAUAUGUUAAAGCACUUACAUGUAUAGUUACUGUAAGCUAAGGACAGAAUUCCUAAUUGUCCCUGGAUCUGGGCUGAGCCCCGGUCUUAACUUUGGACCUAAGAAACAAGUGUAUCAAACACGCUCAACCUAGGUAAUACGGACUUUGCUAGAUGUGAAUAAAAUAUAUUUUGUUCUGUAA